GGAUAAGUAACGGUGCGGCCUCCAGAUCCCAUCCCCAUCCAAUCCCCCAUCCCAAGCAGGCAGGCUGGAGACGGAUGGGAAAAGAGUAGAAAGAGGAGAAAAACUCGACAUUCCAGCAAUCUACCCACAUACUGAGCCUCACCUACGCAGUUGGAAGCAGUUUGACUAGGAGCUACAGCUUGAGGAAAACCACCACCACCACCGCCAUCACCACCACCGCUUCGAGUUGAAAAAGCAGGCAGCCGCUGCGCGAAGGAAAAGAACCUUUGCCAAAUGGCGACCGUCGAGAAAAAAGGCGCCGCCUGGAACAGGCCGACAUCAACGUACUCGACGACGAGCUCAGCGGUUCACCCGCACGACCAAUACAGAAUCAACACCGUCUCGGAGCCUUUACCGUCCCCGCCGGUGGCUCAGAACUCUUCGUCCUCGAUCCCCAGCUUCUUAUCCAAAGUGAGCUGGCCGCAAUGGGCGGUCGGCUCCUCCGUGACGGCGGCCAUCAUUAUCAUUGCUCUUGAGGCUUUGAUCAUAGUACAUGUGCGCCGAUUUCUCGUGGACGGCUUCGAGAAAUCCGCUGAUAUCGUGAUUGUCAUGGUGUACUUCGCCUUGUUCAUAAUCGGAAUGAUAUUCCAAGCCUGGCUCACCUACGAAGCUUCCCGGCAUCAAAAUACCAUGCAAGCAAUCGCUGUCGCGUGUUUCAAUGUGGCAUGUUUCGUAUAUUCCAUCAUCCAGGUGGACGAAAUAAAAUCAUUGGAUUACUGUUUACAGAGCUGGAUGGCCGCUAUCCCGGAUGGGUAUCAAAAUGAUCCAAAGGGUAGACAAAAGGAUAUCAUGGCCGCAUACACAAACCGAAUUGCAAUGGGCUCCUCGAGUAAGAAAUACUGCGCCACCACUCUUCCAUGGGGAAUCCAAGAGAAAGAUUCACCGGCGCAUCCUAGCGAUGGUACCAAAAUCAUCGAUAUGAAUGAAUUGAUAAGGCACGCCGAUAGGUCCAACGCACAUCUUCAUGACGCGCUAAACGUCGCGUUUGUCAUCCUCGGCCUUAUGGCCGUCAUGGCCGCGAUCAGUUGCUUCCUUGCGUACAAAGUCUACCGGGAUUACGGUUGGGAAAUCUUCCAGCAGCAAGGCGCGAGUCUGGUCAAGAAGCGCCUCCUUCGCCACGUCCAUCUGUUCGUUCUGUUCCUCAAACUGAACAUAUACUUCUCUCUGGGAAUCAUACUUCAAGUGGCGCUUGCAAUAGCCCUAUCUCACAGCAUCUCCGCCCAUUGGAUCGCGCCCAUGAUCCUCCUCAUUUUCGUCGGAGUCACCUACUACCUCUGUGGAUGGUAUGCUAUUCAGCAUACGAACCGUGGGGCCAUGUAUUGCUUCUUCGGUUUGAUCGCCGGAAACGUUGUUGGAGUGAUCUACAUCCUGAUUGCAGCAUCUUCUGGCAAUGACUUCGCAAUGCACCUCCAAGCUACCCACCGAUGGCUCGUCAGUUUCGGUGCAGUGCAACUAGUACUCAACUUCGCGACAAUGUGGAAUGCCAUUCUGUGCUUGAAUGGCUUCGACCAAGGGCUAGGGGAGAUGGUCGGCAGAUCCAAGUCACAAGCCAAACCGAUGGAAAUGGAAGAAGGCAUGUCCAAAGUCGAAGGCCGACGACCUCGGUUGGAGCUGGAUUAAAUGCGCGCCAACAACCUGCCUUUCGAGUCACCACCUCCUCCGUAACCAUCAGAAUCAGCAUGUCUCCACGCAUUCUGGGAAUGCGGGAGCAGUUCCGUCGAUCUGGAUCGAUGGACGAACGAUCUAAACUACGAACCUUUGUACAAAACGACUGUUGAUACGUUCACAAGCAUUGCCGGCGUAGUCCUCCCCCAUCCCAUCCGGCGUAUGAUUUUCACAUUUUCUGUAAUUAGUUUUGGCCAUCGCCGUUUUGUAUUGGAGUUUGCGAGGCUGUCCAUCGGCCGAGUGUUCGAACUCGUCGAGCUA